AUGGUUUCUGUGGAUAAUUUGUCAGUUGGAGACCAGUAUUAUUUACUGGAGGAAUACGAUUCCUCCUCAUUUGGAGUCGUUCCAUCUGAAAGAAUAUCUACAAAAGCAGUUUUGUCAUCGAUGAUAUCGGAAAAUUGCGAAGUUGGACAGGACGAUAAUUACGAAACGGAAACCUCUACGUCUGUUGUGUGUGAUGUCGCUGAACAUCAGGAGGACACGCCUGCCCAUUACCUUGAGGCGCUUAGUAGUGAGUGCUCUUUCUGUGGAGCUCUAUUUUUUCGCACCGAGAAUAUGAUUUGCUGCAAAAGAGGCGCAGUGAGCCUUCCGGUGAGUGCCACUUAUCCGGACCUGCUGAAGGCUUUGAUCAUGAACAACCACCCUCAAUCGAAGAACUUCAUACAACAUAUAAGAAGUUACAACACGCUGCUCGCCCUUGGCUCCACGACAAUCGUUCAAAGAGAAGGUUUGGCGAGAGGAGCCCCUGUUGUUGUGGUCUCAGGACAGAUAUACCACCGAGUAGGCGAUGUUUGUCCAUCCGAUCCAGCAUUUGGAUCACUGUAUUUCGUGGAUUCAGGAGAAGCCACGAAGAAGAGGGCAUCAAAAGGAGUUGGAGACGGUUGCAACCCCCGAUUAUUAGGGCAAAUAGAUGCUCUGCUGAGGGAAACUCACCCAUACGCCCAAAUGUACUCUACCCUAGGUCAAGUGGUUCGUGACACACGAAGAACCAGUGGUAACGAUUCCGUUCCGCAACUUGGCCUAUAUUUCCACCAACAACCAGGAACCAACAGGAAGGUCUACGCGGCACCUUCCACUUCCACCGAAAUCGGCGCUAUUUUUCGUACAGUCGACGGGGAUAUACCUCCACCAGGCACAGUUCGUGUGAAUUUAAUAAGUACAAGUAAUAGUUUCCAAAUUAAGGAUAUCCCAAAAUUGUCUCCAAUUGUUGAUGCUCUCUGUUAUCCAUUACUUUUCCCUAACGGAGAAUUGGGAUGGUCGACUGGGUUGCAGAAAACAAUUGGAAAUAAACGGAUUUCAAAAUUAGAAUUCGAGUGCUACCGUCUGAUGAUUCGUGCAAAUCAUUUUAACCCGAUCCUUCUUUCUGGACGCUUGGCUCAACAGUUCAUCGUUGACAAAUACGUUGAGUUAGAAGGUUUCCGAUUAAAUUUUUUGCGAACACAUCAGAAGGAAUUACGCGUCGAGAGCUACGUCGGGCUCCAAGAUUAUAUUGCGCGAAGAACGGUAGUGGAACCAGACGGUGGUGAAAGAAUAGGUAGAGUUACUAUCCUACCGAGUUCGUUCAUCGGAGGGGCACGUUUCAUGCAGCAAAAUUAUCAAGAUGCAAUGGCCAUUGUAGCAAAAUAUGGCAGACCCUCCCCUUUCGUCACUCUCACCUGUAACCCCAACUGGCGUGAGAUCACUGAAAAUAUGGGAAGUAAACUGUUGAAUCCUCAGGAUAGACCGGAACUAAUCGCGCGAGUGUUCGAUUUAAAAAGGAGGGCAUUUUUCGAGGAUAUAUUGAAAUUCAAAAUUUUCGGUGAUGUGAUCGCUUACGUUUACGUUAUAGAAUUUCAAAAACGCGGUCUUCCUCAUAUGCACUGUCUUCUGACUUUGGCAGAUGAAUAUAAACUGCGAAAUUCUGAGGAUGUAGACAAGCUGAUUUGCGCCGAGCUACCAGCCGAAAACACCCGGCUUUUUGAUAUUAUAAUGUCCACCAUGAUUCACGGACCCUGUGGUGAUCGCGCACCGGAUUCUCCAUGUAUGGUCGACGGACAGUGCACCAAGCAUUAUCCCAAAGAGUUUUCGGAAAUUACCAAAAUUAAUUGUGCGUUGCCCGUAUAUAGGCGAAGAAAUGACGGUCGCACCGCGAUAUUCAAAAGAAACAAAGGAACGUGUGUGAUAGAUAACAGAGACGUAGUUCCGUAUAAUCCAUAUUUAUCCAUGAAAUAUCAAUCUCAUAUAAACGUGGAAGUGAUAACUUCAGUAGGAGCUAUCAAAUAUGUUUUCAAAUACAUAAAUAAAGGUCCUGAUGCUGCCGUUCUUCAGUUGCGAAAUGAGGUCGUUUGGGACGAAAUCCAAGCAUUCAUUGAUUCCCGCUACAUCUCUUCCGGUGAAUCAGCUUGGAGAUUGUUGUCUUUCCAUAUUCAAGACAAAAGUCAUACAAUCUAUAGGUUACCCGUCCAUUUGCCUGGAGAACGUGAGGUAUAUUUUGAAGAAGGGGAAGAGAUGACAGCGUUACAACGUUCAAAACUCAGUCGUUUGGAGGCGUAUUUCGAACUUAAUGUGAACGAUCCUAGCGCACGUGAAUGGAAGUAUUGUGAAAUACCUCUCCUUUAUUCUUUUAAUGCCACCCAACAUCGCUGGGUUAGACGUUUGAGAAAACGAUCUGUAAUACCUAGGAUGCACACUAUAAGUGCGAAGUACAUAGAAAAGUUUAAUUUGCGUAUUUUGCUCCUUCACGUUCAAGGAGCAAAAUCUUUUAAUGAUUUAAAAUCCUUCGGCGGCACAUUAUAUUCUACGUUUAAAGAAGCGGUACUGGCCAGAAAUCUGAUAUCGUCAGAUUCGGAGUGGUUCAGAACUCUGGAACACGCAGUCCUGGUAGAAAUGCCCGGGUGUAUGCGGAAAUUAUUCGCGUACAUGCUGUGUUUCUGUGAGAUCGGCGAACCACUGUCACUUUGGAAUGAGUUCAAGCGAUUCAUGAUAGAGGAUUAUGUGAGGAAAGGUAUCUCAGAAUGCCAAUCUGAAGAUUGCGCUCUGCGUAGAAUCGAGAAGACAUUACGUUUUCUGGGAAAAACUCUCAGAGACUUUAAUCUGCCGGAGCCGACCUCAAGUUCGGGAGUCAACGUUACCAACACCAACGACGACGAUGAGACUUCAUUUCUGCGGUCGAGUCAGCGACGUUAG